AUGUCAGAAAAGUUUCCUGAAAUAGACGCGCCACAAUCAAACGGCAAUGACUUAGACCACUCCGAUUUUCUUUCUCGCGAGAAGGAGUUACUAGGCGACGAAUUCAAAACAGAUCAAGACAAAGUGUUGGAACAAGAGAGUGACGAUGAUAUAAACGAGUUCAAGGAACAAUUUCCCGAGGUCGAAGGAAGCGAAAGCGUGCAACAAGAAUUCAAGUCCACCGAGGAUGUCGAUGAUGAAGAGGCUGAUGUUGCGCUAGCUGAUUACGGUGCAACUGAGACUGUUAAAGACUUGUCCCAAUCGACGUCCAUAAAAGAAUGGAAGGAGCGCAGGGACUUGGAGAUUGAAGAGAGAGAGAAGGUCAAUUCACAGAAAAAGAAGGACAUCUUGUCCAAAGCACAGCAAACGAUUGAUGACUUUUACGAAAACUACAACCUGAAAAGAGAUAAGCACACUGCCGAGGUUGAAAAGGAGCAAGACGAAUUUCUCAAAAAGAGAGAUGAGUUUUUGAAACAUGGUACUUUGUGGGAUAGGGUCAAUGAAUUGAUCGAUGCCGUAGGAGGGCCCACUGUUGAUGCGGAGGGCAACGACAAGACAAGAUUUAGAAGCUUUUUGAAGAAUUUGAAGGGCAAGGAAAAGGUACCGGGAGCAGGUGGGUAUCAGGAGUAG